UUUGAUUCAUUCCACAUCUCGUUCUCUUGCAGUACACAUCGUACGUGCGCUUUCAACAUUCUCAGUUUUUCAAUCACAAACAAGACGCACUCGUCUUUCGGAAUAUCAUCUCAGUUCAGUUCAGUGCUUUCGACAAAGUUCGCUGAAGGAGUAAACAAAAAAAUCGUGUGAGAGUGAGAUUUUCCAUCGCAACAAUAACAAACGCAACCAUCGGAAGAAAGUGAAGUGAAGCAAGCAAGCAAGCAAAAAACAAAGGAACAAUUCAAGUGCGAGGAUUAACAAACAUAAACAGUUUUGUGACGUGCUGAAACAGAAAAAAAAACUCACAAUGGUGUACGCAAAUAUGGUAGCAGAGCCCGCCAUGGGCGGCAAAAUCGCACAACCCAGUUCGCUGGAACCACUAUCCCGGACAUACCAGUACCGCAAAGUGAUGAAACCAAUGUUGGAACGCAAGCGUCGUGCCCGUAUCAACCGCUGUCUGGAUGAGCUGAAGGAAUUGAUGGUGACCGCCCUGCAGUCCGAGGGUGAAAAUGUUUCCAAGCUGGAGAAGGCCGACAUCCUUGAGCUGACCGUUCGCCACCUGCACAAACUCCGCCGCCAACAACGCCUGACAGUUAACCCAGUGAUUGAUGCCGAUCGUUUCCGUGCCGGAUUCACCCAUGCCGCCAACGAAGUUUCCCGCUGCCUGGCAUCCACUCCCGGAGUUGACAUCAAACUCGGCACGAAGCUUAUGACCCAUCUUGGACACCGCCUGAACGAUAUGGACAAAGUUUCUCCGCUGUCCGUCCACGUCGAACAGAACAUCCAGAGCCCACCGAUCUCGCCCUUCUCGACCUCCUCGUCUUCUGCCGCCGAUCUGCAGUCCUACCAGAUGCCACUGACCCCACAGUCAUUCCGCUCCGGAAGUGGCAACUCCAACAGCCCAUCGCCCAAUCCCAGCGAGUGCUCCUCCAACGGUAGCAGCAGCAGCGACCAGCAAACGUCCGGUCUGCUCAAGAUUCAGGAAUCCGUCUGGAGGCCGUGGUAAAUCUCUGCCGACCGUUCUUUCCCUCCCCGUGGAACCGGUACCAGUGAAGCAAGCAAAGACUUAUCACUCAACGCAACCAAAUUCCUCAAUCCAGAGAUCUCAAGAGAUAACAAGACAAAACAAAACAAAAACAACAAUCAAUCGUAUGGGUAUAGCUUUAAUAGGAGAUAGGACCUUUUUUUCGCUCUAACUGUUUAAGAGUUUGUGAUAUUAACUAUUUUUAGGGACGUUAGGUGUUAAGCUUUUUGUUAGGAUGUUUUUUUUUCUUCUCUCAAACGAGACAAAGAAUCUGUUUUAUUUCUGCAUUCAGUUCAGAAAUUGUUGGAAUAAGACUUAAGAUUGUUUACAAAUUGCGCGGUUUGCCGCAAUUUCUGUGAUUAGCAAACGAAACAAAAGAAAAUCAAAAGCUCUUUUUGACAGUACUUUAAAUAAGAAAAAAAUAAAAAACGACAAUCAAAUAUUUGAAAAAAUUAAA